AUGACCAAAGCACGUCGUCGCAAUCUUCGCGCCGCUACUGCCGCUACUCUUCCCAGUACGCCUCUCAAGCAACACCACAAACCUCGUCCCCUUCCCAAGCUUAGUGAAAAGCGCGAAGGCGAAGCUACCGCCGGUGUGCUGGACUGCGUCGAACUGGAUGCUGAUGCCAGUCCGCAACUCGAUCUGAGAUCUUUUAUUGACAUGACUUCCCACUCUGCCGACUUCAUUUUCUCUUCCAACAACCUCACCGUGGCACUCAAAUCCAAACCCUCCUGCUGUCCCGCCGACCACAACGAUCACGAUGCUGACGCAAUGGUAUCCUACAUCUCUCAGGAACAACAAUCCAGCGCACCACUGCCCGCGAGGAACGUGGUCAACUUCCUGCGCAACAAGUCUGGCAUCAAGACGCGCGUCGGCGCACUCAACGGCAAGCGCGUUGACUACUUUAAAGGCUCCGCUGCAGUCAAGGCGCUCCUCUCGCCCGCCUAUGCUAAGCUCAAAGACGUGCCCAAGGUCACGUCGAAACAAGAGGCGGAAGAAUGCCUGCACAACAUUAUCCCCUAUGCCUUCUUCCUGCGUGUAGAACGCGGCGCCAGCACAGGCGGCAAGGACUCGCCCAAAGUCGUCGAGAUCAACCCGCAGCAGAUGUUCAAGGCCGACUUCUACUAUGUAUGGCUCUACGAGGGGUCGCAGCUGGGCCUGAAGCUGGCUGGGCUGGGCAUGGUGGCGGUGAUGCUGGCGGGCGUCAUGUUCCCGCUCUGGCCGCCGACGAUGCGGUUGGGCGUGUGGUACCUCAGCGUGGCCGCGCUCGGCCUGAUCGGGCUGUUCUUUGCGAUCGCCAUCGUCAGGCUGAUCUUCUGGCUGAUCACCGUGGUGGUGGCCAAACCGGGCAUCUGGAUCUUCCCGAAUCUGUUUGAGGACGUCGGGUUCGUCGACUCGUUCAUCCCGCUGUGGGCGUGGGACGUGCCCGCGCCGGCUAAGAAGAAGGGCAAGUCGGCAGCGGGAGGUGCAGCUGACAAGAAGAAGGCGGCGAGUGGUGCGGGUGCGAGUGCGGGCGCGGGUGCUAGGCAGCAGGCUCUGGCGAGCGUGGGUGGUGCUCCGCCUACGACUGUUCAGCCGCCCAAAGCGGCUCCGCGAGCUGCCGAGUCGAAACCAGCGGCCGAGGCUAAUGGUGUCCAGGCGACGGGUAGCGGCGGCCCUGGCGCUUCGGAUAGCUUGGAUGACAUCAACUGA